AUGGAGGCGACGACGGCGGUGGCCAGUGCCUUUGAUCAGGAUGAUGCCCCGCCUCCGUAUGCUUGCGAUGGGCCGGACUUGGAAAAGCCUGGUGCCGCUUCGAUGAGGCAGCCUGGCUUCACGGCCACGCCCGCACCCGGUCUGGCGCCCACACUCGCGCCCGUGCCUACGCCCGCGCCUGCCCCAGCACACGCCAUGUAUCCAGCCUUCAACUCAGCGCAGGGCUUUCCGGCCAUCCCUCAAAACAUGACCAUGGCACCUCAAAUGAACCCAAUUGCAGCUAAUGGCCAACUUGUCAUGUUGGAGCUGCCUCGGCAACAGUGGGAGCCCGAUGAGGCACGACAAGGCUGUAAUCUCUGCGAAAUGCGCUUCACCUUUUUCAAGCGCCGCCAUCACUGUCGUCUGUGUGGUAUUUUGGCGUGCGAGGCUUGCUCAGGGCGGCGCCACCCACUGUAUGCCUCCACCCGCAUUUGCAAGCGUUGCUACAGCACAGUCAUUGCCAAGGCCGCAGGCCUGCAUGGCAUGGAUUGGUAUCAUGGGCCAGUCAGCCGCUCGUUGGCCGUGGUGCGCCUGACUCAUGAGCUGGCGGCAAACGGCGACUUUCUGGUGCGCGAGUCCAGCAGCGUUGAUGGCUUUGUCUGCAUCUCAAUCCGUGUUGCUCCUGAUAGCAUUCAGCAUAUCCUGAUUCGUGGUUCAGCAGGGCAGUGGAUGACACAGCGAGGCGGCACUGCGUACCCCACGAUCCAAAAGCUGAUUGAACGCAUGAUGGAGUCUCAAAUGAUCAAGCGCCCUGCAGCAGUCUUGGAUAGCCAUGGCCGUCCCGUAGCGAUUAUCGACUCCUGCCCAAGCUGCGAUUUUGCUCUCCCCGAUCGCCUUGCUCGGAAUGCCGCUGAUGACCAUCCUUUUUGCCCCAAUUGCGGCACGCGACUGCGAUCAACGCAAGCACACCUCGAGACGUAUGCCCUCUACGAUCAUGAUGACGCUGGAGGUGUAACUGCCUCAGCGCCGCAAGAGGGCAUGUACAGCGAGCUUGAUGACAAUCGUGUCAUCACCAAUGUGCCAGAGCCCGUUUCGGUGCCAAUUCACGAGCCCGCGGGAUCUGCUGUGGAAGCUGUGGGGGCGACGGAAGCUCCUGCGUUCAGCCCAACUCCGGUGACAAAUCCCCUGCCGCAACCAGCUCAAGCGCCGGCCACCCAACCGCAAUCGGUGCCCGGCGGCUAUUCGCUGCCACCCGUGGCGAAUCUUCAGCAAGUGCACCCAAACUGGCAGCAAGAUGAGCGGCUUCGACUACUCAGCCCGCUCAUCUUGAACCGUGCCGAGUUGAGUUUCCGGUUCGGCUCACUUGGCAAAGGCGCCAGCGGCAACGUGAAACCCGCCACCUUCCGUCAAGAAGCGGUUGUCAUCAAACAGGCACAUGAAGGCUGGGAAGAUGCCAUCUUGCACGAGGCAAUUUGCCUCUCCGGGUUGCACCAUCCGCGUGUCGUGAAGAUGAUUGGACUUCUUCUUGACCAUCCCCGUCCAGCCUUGGUCAUGGCUGAAGCUCAGCAAGGCUCCCUCUCAAGAUAUCUGGAGAAGACCUCCGUCAAGAAGGUGACGCCGCAAGUGCGCCUCAAGUUUGUGACUCAGAUCUGCGAAGCGCUCGAGUUUCUGGCCUCGCGAACAAUCGCGCACGGCGAUCUGGCUACCCGUAACGUACUUUUGAACAGCAAUACCGAUUGCAUUCUUGGUGAUUUUGACCUGGCAUCAUGGCAGGGCUCAGUGCGCAAGGACUACGCCGAGCGCAUUGCCGUGCGUUGGAUUGCACCCGAGUUAUUGUUCAAGACCGCUCUGCCCACACCCUGCUCUGAUAUGUGGAGCUACGGCGUGACGUGCUGGGAAAUCUACAGCCAUGGAUCAAAGCCGUACGGCAAGAUGAGCCUGAAUGAUGUCCGAGCUGCUUUGCACGCUGGCACGGCCCGCCUCGCUCCACCCCAACACAUUGAAGAGGGGGCGUGGCAUACGCUGUUUGCCCCGUGCUUCCUUCCUCCAGCUUCGCGCGUGACAGCGACAGCGAUGCGCCACAUCUUGUCGACUGUCACCCUUCCCAAGUGAAGGCCCGGUGCGGCAAUUUCAACGAACAUGUUUCGCAUUGAUUCAGAUGAUAACGAUACUUGUAGUGAUACGACGCCCUUGUGUUGUAGUUGUUCAUAUUGCUGGUGAGGACCGCCGCCAGCAGUGAGUGGUGAAAGUAUAGUCGUGGAGAGAGCGAGCUGUCCUCAGUGGCAAGUCGAUCACUUGCUUAUACCCCUAGCCAAGUUCAAUUAACAUGAAAAUUUC